AUGAUGAAUGGCAGGGACCGUCCCCGCGGGCCUCCGCCAGGGCCGCUACCAAAUCGUGGAGAUAUGCAGUCUGAUUCGGGCUCUAGCCCAAGCACCAUGACAAGAGGGGCCGCUUUUGAGGAUGAGAAGAAGCGGAUCAUUCAUAGUUGUUUCGCCAAAAAGGAUGAAGAAGGUCUCUUGCUCGAGUCUUAUAUAACCCACGUCCGCAUCACCGAAGAUUCAGCACACCCCUCCAGCCCCUCCCCGCCAAACGGGCCACCGGAGAACAAGAAACCCCGUAUCAUUAUCAUAGCGGUUCGAAAGUCAGGCAGAGUCCGCAUACAUAAAGCUCGAGAGAACAAUGAGGGGACCUUCUCUAUCGGCAAAACUUGGAUGCUCGACGAUCUAAGCGCAAUUCAAUCAUUUGGUUCUAUUGUGCCCAGAACACCAGGAGAGCAGCAACAAAAAGAAUGGGCGGGCAAUGUUGGAUUCACGGUCACAAUUGGAAAGCCAUACUACUGGCACGCCAGGACUUCUAAGGAAAAGGAGUUUUUCAUCGGGAGCUUGGUCAAGAUUUACAGGAAAUACACCAAUGGAAAAGUCCCCAACCUCAUUGGUUUCGAUGAUAAGGAGCGACAAAUGCUGGCGAGACAUGGACAAUCGGGACAACCAGGACAAGCAGGUGGCCCUUCAAAUGGUCCACCGGCAAGGGGACCCGGUCUAAAGCCUUCAACAUCGGACAGCCCGGUGCCUCCCUCGCUACAAUCGUCCAACAGAGGCCGUGAUCCCAGUCGCGAUGCGCCCCGGGAAGCCAAAAGGAAGCCUUCCGAAGACCCUACACUUCGCACUCAAAAGAGCCGUGAGCAGAUGUCUCGGCCGUCGACCGGUUCUCGGCCAUCCACAGGACAAAGCAGAUCGGCGCCAUCUCCCUUUGAUCUACAUAAAUCUCCUCAGUCGCUCCUUUCUGGGCCACCCCUAGACCAGCAACCGCCGUCACGCGCAGCCGAGCGUAGCGCCGCAAACGCAAAAACCCCGAGUUCACUAUCAGAGUCGAGGGGAAAAGAUUAUCUGACUGCCGCAGCACAAUCCAGCAGCUAUACUGAUAUUCCGGAGUCACUUCGCCCAUCUUCUGCUCGCAGCCAGGAUCGCGGCCCCAAACCCCCACCUCUUGCUACCGAGCCAGCCCCAAAUAAAACACCAGAAUUCAUGCGCAGCAAUGAUGCACUCCGUCCUUCAACCUCUGGUUCUUCCAAUAAUGAAAGUAAGAACACAGCCCCACGUCCCACGCCCAGCUUUGGGCCAAAGUCGCCCCAGCGUGGGAGCGGGGAAAAGGCAUUUUCCUUUAAUCAGCCCUCUGUGCCUCAAGAGAGAAGUACAGAUAACUUGUCAGCCGGAGCUUCCGCGCAGCCCCGGGAACCGUCUUCCUCGCCGGCAAUUGAGGGACUAGCUGCGGAGCCUGCUGCUAUUAUGUCUGCGAAUCUGCCCUCGUCGGAGCCUAUCGAGCCUUCCAAUGAAGAGCCCAAGACACCUGUCGAAACUGUUCCUGCUGCGGACUCGCCAUCUCAAGCUCCUCCAGAGCAAGUUGAAGAGACCGGCGAAUUCGAGCCGCAUCGCCCGGGGCUCGGUCCUAUGGUCAAGAACAAGGACGCCAAAGAUAUUGCAGGCGCCUGGAAAAAGGCUGCAAAUGCUUAUGCUGGUUUCAAGCCCAGAGUUGGUGGGGCCGGUGAGCGACUGCUGGCAGCCGCGAAGAAAUCACAGGCUGAUGCCGCGGGCCCCGAUGGCAUCACCAGCGUUGUUCCCGCGCCGUCCCUUUCCCGGUCGGCAACUGAUCCCCCGCAGAGUCCAGUGGCGACAAAGUCGGAACAAGAUCUCCAAUUCCCCACGCCCGCUACAGGGCCGGAGACACCAACGGUCGAGAUUACAGAGCCAGCAACCGCGGACAUCGCGGUGGCCCCUGUCCAGACUCCUGAGGUCUCGCAAGAGAAACUCUCUGAUGUUGUUAUAAAGGUUGAAGAUCGUUCAAGAUCGCCAUCCCCGGCGACUCAAGGACGUCGUCGCAGACGCCGUGAAGACCACACUAUGAAAUAUUGCCAGGCCCUUGGGAUCGAUCCCAGCGUUCUAGACGGACGUGGUAUUGAGUUUGAUGACAUCCUCACUGAUCUGGGCUGGAACGGACGGUUGGCCGAUGAACAAAAGAUUGAGGAUUUGGAAGCAGAUGUUCGCCGCGAAAUUGGCCGUGUCGAGGCCACCAGCUGGCUUGGCAACCUUGAACAACAGGAAGGAAAGGUGGAACAACUUGCGAGCUUGAUUGACAGAACGAUCGAAGAGUGCGAUGAGCUCGAUGGUCUUUUGACCCUUUACUCCCAUGAACUGAACACUCUUCAUGAGGAUGUCGCCUAUAUUGAAGCUCAAGGUCAAGGUCUGCAGGUACAAACAGCAAAUCAGAAGCUCCUGCAAAACGAACUUCAAACCCUUUUGAAGACACUUUCAAUAUCUUCAUCCGAACUGGGUCCCCUCAAAGAAGCCUCUUUGAGCAACCCCGAUGGCUUGAAGGAUACUGAAAGCGCUCUAGCGACGUUGUACAAGGCUAUGCUCACUAUCGACUCUGACAUUGGACAAAACAAGAAACGUCAAGUCGAUGCUAGUGUCGGUGUGUAUGCUGAUACAGAAAUCGGCCAGAUGCGUGCGAUCAAGCAAAAGAAGGAAGAGUAUCGCUCUACUGCAACCAUGUUCCUCAACCGACUGCAGCAGUUCAUGGCCCUUGCCUUCAAGAUGGCAGAACAAAAACGUGCUGAUUGGACGAACGGUGCCAAGGAUUCCAUGAAAUUAGAUAGUGCCGCACGAGGGCACUUCCGUCAAGAGGUCUGGCGGUAUAAUGCCCUGAUGCUCUUUGCUAAAGAGGUCAGCAUGACAGAAUGGCAUAGCCUUGUCAGUCUCUAUGAGCAGCAGUCCAAGCCUUCGUACCAGGGCGACUUCCGCGACAAUAAUCUGGCUUGGAAGAAGACCGCGCACAAACCAACGGGAGAUGAGCAAGAACUCCUCUUCACACACCAAGAGAAAGAGAAAGAAGCCGAGGGUCUCACCAUGGCGGCACGAAAACUGACCGUGCGGCGGGGCAAGACGGUACGGGCUGCCGCUGGGCUUCGACUGGCUUCGGGCAGCGGGAAGAAGGAAGGAAAGUCCGAGCCAUGUGAGGCAUUCUCUGGGACGCUGCGGGAGACACUGAACAUGAUGGCUCAGGAGCAGAACUUCAUUGUCCAAUUCUUCCAUCUCAAUUCUCUUGCCAGUGCCGAUUUUUCCGACUUGGUAUCUGCUACCAUUCCGGAAAAUCGCUCUUGUCCCGAUUUCUCUGCUAACCAGCCGCAUGAUCCUGAUCGGGGAAUGGCAAAGAGAGUCGAGCAGAUCAUGGAUGAGGUCUACUCAUUCUGGCCGAAUGACAUGCAGAGCAUGGUGGACUGGGCGAUGCAAGCUGAUCCUCUUCAAGGAAUCGGUAUUCUCCAUGCCUUGGAGACUGCUAUGAAUGACUUCGAUGACACGAAUCAAGAGUUCAUUCUUCAUGCGCUGCAGAAAAUCCAUUCCCGCCUGAUGGGACUGUUCAACCGAUUUGUAGAUGAACAAAUCCGAGGCAUCGAGGACACCAAAGUCAAGGUGAACAAGCGGAAGGGAGUAAUUUCCUUCAUGCGGGUGUUCCCCAACUUCUCCAAUGCGGUGGAAAGCAUGCUGGCAUCCCCGUCCGGCGCCUUCUGUGACAUUCGUGUUAGCGUCAAUGACGCGUACGACCGUAUCAACCGUGCGAUGUGGGAGUCACUCAAAUUCAUUGCCAAGGAAGCACCCGGCCAACCUCCGGGUCUCACUGCGAGUGCUGGUGAUCCGGAAGACAAGGAGAUCCUGAACUACCACAUACUCCUUAUUGAGAACAUGAACCACUACAUCGAGGAAGUAGAUGUGCACAACAUCCCUGCACUUGAACGCUGGGCCGAUCGGGCCCACCAAGACUUCCAGGAGCACAUGAAGCUCUACCUGGACGCGGUCAUUCACCGCCCAUUGGGCAAAUUGAUUGACUUCGUGCAGUCAAUUGACAACCUUCUCGCUGCGGGCGGUAACCCGACCGACAUUGCAGCCCGCCCCACCCACUCCCGCAUGGUGGCGAAGAAGGUUCUCGCCUCCUACGAUAACAAGGAAAUCCGACGUGGCAUCGAAAUGCUCAAGAAGCGUGUAGAGAAGCACUUUGGUGACGCCGAUGACCCUGGUCUUAGCCGCAGCCUUGUCGUCAAAGUACUCCGGGAGUGCGAGAAUCGUUAUGAGAAUACUUAUGACCGCACCCGGAAGAUUAUUGAAGAUGUCUACGAGGGUCAAUUGGAGCUGGACUGGCGCAAGGAAGACACCCUUAGCAUGUUCCGGAAAUGA